AUGAAACCAAGACCUGCGCCAGAAGACUCGCUUGAGCCAUCGUGCACGCUCACCUUUUUCGGCUGUUUUGGUUCAUCGUCAUCGUCAAUCCGUGCAGAUGAACUGUACCGAAAUGAACAGGCACCUGAAGGAGUUGAGCGUGAAAUGCGCAUUAUGUAUCAACAGCCUCACCUAGUACCGCCUAUGAAGCUCACUGUAUUUGAUACCAUGCCAGCAACUCCUACUCCACCUCCACCUUCGCAUCUGUCGAAAUUGGUCUCCCAAGGCAAGGCCUCAUUGAGAUCGAGCCUGUCAAUACGAAGGCCAAGACCAUCAAUCUCGGAACCACAACCACCAAUUCCAACAAGUCAGGACCUGCCAUUUCGUCGACCGACUGUAAAGUACCGUCCACUAGAGCUGAGCAUAUAUAUGCCUACGAAUAGACUCUCGGACCUGCCCGAAUUUGACCGGUUGAGUUUCACGGAUGUGGGAGAAAUCAAAACACCCGCUCGAGCUUUGAUCCGGACCAAGUCAGAAGAGUUCCUUUCACACAAAAUUUCCACGUUCACUACAUUCUCUACACCAGCGAAACCUGCGUCUAUGAUCGAACAACGUCGUUUGUCCCACUUCCGGCUCGACGUAUCUUCGACAGUGAUCUCAGUGUCGAGACCGCCGUCUGAGUACGAUGCACUUCAUUCUCAUCCGGUCUCGUGGGCAUCUCUCCCUGGGUUGCCACCUUCGGCUUACAUGACUGGCCGUUCUGAACCAUCCGUUGCUAUCCUCACGCCUAUGCAAGAAGAGUUCAGUCCACUCCCAACCACUUCAGUCAUGGUCGAUGGUGUGAUGCUGGACUUCCCUCUCGUUGGAAAGACACCUACAAUGUCCCCUCAUAUCGAGGCCAGAUCAUCUGAAGACGCACCGGCACCAGCACCAUUUGUUCCCUCAGGCGUUGCAAGAAAUUUCUCCAAACUCACAGCAACUCGUGAAGAGACGAACCCGCCAGCAUAUUUUCAUCCUAAUUUCCAGACACAAAAGCGAAUUUCGCAGUGGCUUUCGCAUCGUGGACAUUCAAGCUCAAUCAGCACCAUUGCCACCACCAAAACUUCGUCGACAUCCACGUCCUUCGCAGAGCACCGCCGGAAGCGUUCUCAAUUCUAUCAACUUUCUUCAGCCCCACCCAAGCCACUCAGCCUUUGGCCACAACAACACCAGAGGACUAUGACUGAGUCAACUAUCGCAAGCACUGUUGAUACCGACAUACUGUCAUUUGAGGUACAAAGUCGAACAGAUAGUAGCAUAACGACAGCGCCGGAUCUGCAAAGUCGAAGUGGAACAAUCAAGAGCAUCUCGAAUGGGUUAAGGCCAAUUAUAAGUGGUGUGCCUGAUGUUCCACCUUGCUAUACCGACAUCAUCAGGCAGAUCGAUGAUGACGAUGCCUUGAUCAAAGAGAUCAAUGGACCAUUGCGAAGUCCUGGUGUUGGGGUUGCCUUUUGA